AUGCGAAUCCAAGAAGGGAUCAGGGACCUUGUGGGCCCUCUCAUUACCAGCCAUGGCACCGUCCAUUGGCACAGGUCAUUUGACAGAAAUCGCGGCGAUUUUGUCAUCGAUUAUCUUGGAUCUGAGUGCCGUAACUGUCCUUGGCGUCUUCAAGAUUUGCGCCUCUGUAUAAAAUCCGACAAAAUAAGGCUCUUCAAUUUCUGGUCGAACUUUUCCCAAAGUUUCUUUUUCGGUCACCUUGAGGCUACGAUAAUGCAUUUUAUUGGCAUAUCGUUCCCAGAAAACUGUGCGUUAUUUUCCGAUUGGCAUGACCUUACGGCUUCGGUGUGUGUCGUGAAUAUGUUUGAUGAGUCAGUGACUGUUUAUGCGAACGGAUGGCACACCGCCAAGUCAUAUUGUGCUCUUCUGUGUAGUGAAGAAACCAUUUAUGUAAAAAAUUGUCUUUUCGCGGUAUUUUUCCACGUGAAUAUUACGAUUUUCAUUAAUUAAAUUGAGCUAAAUACAUAUUUUGCAGGUUUUACACCUCCCCCGUUGAACUCAGCACCUCCACGAAAGGCUUCCGAACUGGACGGGCUGGUGUUCUCGAAGAUUCCGGAGCUGGCCGUCAAGCCGGUGUCGCCGAGCUCGGUGCUGACUUCAACAUCCACCACGGCGUCGGGAUCUCCGACCACGCCCGGCUACACCGUCACCGCGCCCGCCGACUCGUCCGCCGAACUCAGCCCCACCAAUCCGCCAAUCUCACCUCAGAUCAAAGCCGAGCCAACGCAUUUCGCCAGCCAGGAGAACUUGCAUCGCCCCACCCCUCUGCACUAUCCCACGCCAAACUUUGGGGCCGGCGAUUUCGCCGAAAAUCUGCCAAAACCCCAGCCCGGCCAACUCGCCGACCUGCAGGCCCAACUGCAGGCCCUCGCGCAACAACAACACCAACGCCUCAACCCGAACGUCAUGGCCACGCAGCUGGGCUUGUUUGGCAAUCAAAGUGCCCUUUUCAGCGUCAUGCAGGUAGGUGGUAUCAGGUGUUGGAUAAAGCGCAAAUAUUUUCACAAUACUAUACAUAUACGUGAUACGGGAGGUACGUAGAACCACAGGGACUGAAGACUUUUGUUUAUCGCGUAUUAUCCCAUGCAAUAACACUCGCUAACCUUUUCGCGAAAAGCUCUGGCCCGGAUUUGCGGCAGAUAUUACAGUAGAGAUAAGGAGACGUUAAUACGGACACAGGGGUUGCGUAACGGAAGGGGUUAAUCGGAGAAGAACGUAGGGGCGUGGGUUGACACGUAGAGGAAGAAAUGUAAUAAAAUUCUCAGAGAUGGAAUGGACUGGAACUGGGAUUAUAGGCUUCCGGGGGACUCCAUUGUGAGGUUGUUACACCUAAUACGAAAAUUGACACUAAAAUCAUAGCCUAUGAAAGAUUCGUUGAUACGAACUUUGUACAUAGCUCAACAUCUGGAUGUUUAUUUUUCACAUAAAAAUCACUUAUCAAACCGCCAAGACCCCGGACCUCUUUUGAUUUGAACUAUGUGAUCAUACAGAAAAUAAAGAGCCCUACGUCAAAGGUCAAACGAGAAGAGACCAGCCCAAAUUCCAAAUUUUUUAAGUGUUUUUAAGUCGACCAGAAUUCUGUUUGUUCUGAUAUGUUGUUGAAUUAUUGGUCUUAAGAAGGCAAAAUGACAUCGUGUAGUUGAAAUAUAAUCAUAUACAAGAUAUAAACUUUCAAAUUUGAAUAUAAUCUUUGACACUGAUGACGUUGAUCAAUUUGAAAUUUCAGGCGAUCAGUAACAACACUCUACUGCCACCUCAAAACCGACCAUUAAGUGCCCUCCCCGGCUUUGCCCAUAAUCGAUUGGGAACUCCCGGUUUAAACACUCUUUUCCAGUCCUUUCAAGGAGGAAAUCAGGUGGGUUUUGCUCUCCAAAAACGAUUGUAAACAAGGGUUAUCAGUAGAUUUGUAAAAGGAGAUCUUGUCAAGGACAAUCAGUAAGGCUAGGGCUUGCUUUUUAGGUAUAAGUACACAUAGUUAUACUUAGAAAAAAUUUGAAAAUUUUUUGCCUGCGCUUUGCAGAUAGCGUUGAGACUUUUCAGUUGAAAGAAGCCGGAAGUCCAUCGCUAUUUCAAGGUUUUUGUAACGGAAAACGAAAUUUCUUGAAAUGACCUUCUACAAAAACCUUUUUUGCAGAAAUCCAUAGAGAGAUACCCAAAACUUUAAAUCUUCCCACUUUCCAAUUUUCCUUUUUUCCCCAUCUUUAAAGACCAUCAAAUAUCUUCGCUGUCCCUAUAAAGCUCGAGGCAAUUUUUUCGGAAACUGAUAUCUGACCCGUAUUGAUGAAACAGACAAAAUUUGAAGAAAUGCUAGAAGUGGUACCUCAAGCAUUUCCGCUUUGAACUUUUUUUGGGCUUUUCGGCAAUAGUCGUCAUUAUUUUUCCCAUAAGCUUUCAAAAAUCAAACGGAAAGUCUUAUGAAAUAAGAAGAUCACCUCCUAAAUUUAACCCCACCUCCUUCCCUUUAUCUCCAGGAAACGGCAACUAAUUAAGUCGUCUCUAAACGUGACUUGAAAUUAGCGGGAGAUUCAAGAUUAAUCCCAGCCCCCAAUUAUAUCAUUAGGUCGCGGUCAGGGCCCAAGACCAUCCAAUACUUACUCCUUCGCGAAAUUUGACACCCUCAGGGCCAAGUGGCCAUAAAGGGCUGGCCAAAUCUUUUUUGGCUAACCUUUAGUAUGGAAUGGAAAUAAUAUUUCGGUUAGAAAAGGAGUAGAGGUUGGACGAUUGUUCGGAAAUCAAAAGUCAGCGUUUAAUCGGCAAUUAUCAUGAUUACGGCCGCGUUUUUACUAGGAAAAGGGUCCUGAAAAUUGACAAAAGUUAUGUAUUCUAGAUAUGAGUCUUUUUAGAAACCAAAUUAUUUGUUAUCACGUAAUACGAUGAUAAUUCAACUAUUCUUAGCGAUGAUUUUAUUUAUUAAUAGAUUUUGUUAUUUUCGAUCUUCGACAUUUCUGAAUCCCUUUCGCAUUGUAAACAACAUGAAAUCCGAGAGAAAUUCGAAUAAAAAUUUUUUUUAACCUUUCGGAUGACCUCCACUGACCCCGGGCGACCGACGAGAAGGAAGAAAUUCGAAAAAAGCGAGAGAGCGCUUAAUAGGGAGCAAAAGUCGGCUGACCUUUAGGGGGGUUCCUUUAGGGAUGAGUCGCCGGAAAACCCCGAGUGGUUCCAAAAGGACGCGCGCUGCAAGAUGCGAGUGUUAUGUCCAGGAUGCGACUUCUGGGAUUGUUUUGUCAUGUGCAGUGAAAUCCUUUUGCAAAUGACAGUAAAAUCAUCAGAAUUGUUGUGAAAUCAUUUAUACUAUGCUUUUUCGAAUUUUUUUUUCUAAAGCGCCUGAGGGCAGCGAACUUUCCCAACUUUUCCCACUCUCAUUUACAGUCAAUUCGAGUAACCUUCAACCUUUUUCUCUGUUUAUACUUGUUAAUUAAAGGGAUGCGGCAUGGGAAACUCCAUUCGGAAUGGAGCUCCAAUAUCAUCCAUCUCGAGGCCGCUGACAUCUCCUUUUCAAAAGUUUAGAGCCCCUCCUUGUAUUAAUCGACGCAAUUGAAUUACUCUCCCCCAUUAUUUUGUAGCCCCGCAGCACUGACGUCGGCGGCCAAAAACACAGAGGUAGUAAUUAAUUUCUGCUCCGCUAAAGGGUGUUCUACUCGCUGUUUGGUUGGCAUUGGUUUACUGCUUUCCAGAUUAGAGAGGGCUGACAUUAAUACCUUCUGAUUACUCGUGUUGUGCUGACCCUACCGUAGCGAUAGUGGUGUUGAGGGGGGCCGAGGUCAUCGCUUACCUUGUUUUCAAGGCGUCCUUCGUCCGUUCCAGUCCGGCGUCCCUUUCGGCUGCCGUCUUCUUCUUCACUAGCGGCUCUUCCAAACAUCUUUUGACCAAAAAAUCGCCACUUCGAAUUUCUGGAAAAAGGGACUUUCGGAGGGAAAAUGCGCGGGUACCUACUCAUUUAUGGGGAAUAAAUUAAUAACUCGCGUUAUGACGCUUUUUUGACCUUUCCAAAAGCUCGUAAUGCUCUUUCGAAGUCUUGUUAGCAGUACUUGUAUCUUUGCCGAAACACGUGGGAGAUUGUCCACUUGUAAACACAUUAGGAUUAGGCCUGUUGUAGUAUCCUCUGUUUCAGCAGAAUCGUUUUGUAGCGUGAACAAGUACGACCUUCAAGGGCCAUACCUUACCUCUACAUUUAUUGAUAAUUUCUGCCAAACUCCUUGACCUCGGGGGUACUUUAUAACACUUACAUUUUACAAACCUGAUAGCCUUGCGAGGUUCGCUUGUUCCGAGAUUUUGCUUUCCUGCCUCAGGGCCUAUUAAUGGGUGCAAAAAGAAGAGGAGGCCAAGGGGAAGCGCGCAAGCUUCCACCACUUUUUCGCUUUAAUCUCGGUCCCAAAAAUUUAUUUUUUUACUAUUAAAAUGGCAUGAAGCCGAGGGAUAAAUUAGAGAUCCCAGCGGCAAAGGUCGAGUCCAAAUCUCGUGUUUAGGCGUCAUUUCGUCAGGCUUGAUUUGGCCGAGAAUUCUUGAUGGGAGGUCGAGUUUUGAGGGUCAUUACUUGGCUGGAGGUCCAUGAUAUAUUUCGGGGUGCCCUAGAUUUUAUUCUAGUCUUCGGUUAAAAAACAUAAGGGUGUUUCUGAUACUAAACGUCAAGAUAAAUACUGUAGGAAACCAAAAUUUAAUUCAUGCUGGCCUAUACUGUAUAAUUAGAGCUAUUUUGGUGCGUAAUGCUGCGCUCGCCUUUUGCAAAUGAUAACAGCCCCACCGCUACAGUAAAUCAAGGAUCCUUAGGCGUUACAGAAGUGGAAGAGCCAUGUGCUAAAAGACGGCUUCCUAAUACGGAGAUUAAAAUAAUCCCCAUGAGCCAAAAUAUCCUCACCUUCCUUGACAUAUCCGCAUUUCUUCUGCCGCGGUUAUCUCCUACCGUAUCCUCAGCGUAUCUUCGCACAUGAAUAUCCUCAAGGCUGUUGUUCCAGCGACCACGCAACUUGCUUUUGACCUUUACCAUCCUCUACUUCCCUCUUGCCUUCAUUUGUUUUCCCCCCUCGACCCUCUAAUUCUCUGCCCCCCCCCCUUUCUCGUCUUAAAUACCUCCGCGGUCGCCAAGGCACCACAAAUUGUAUAUGUCUUUACACUUACAUAAAAGUGUAAGGGGUGUGUGCGGUGGUAUUCACACAUCUCAUUAGUUAGUUUUUCCUGCUCCCAAUCGAGGUCCGCCUUGUCCGCCGGGGUCAGAUUUUUAAUAGCGGCGGCCAUGGGAAAACAUUGGCUUCGAAACGAUGGAUAUUACACUUGAUAUUACACACGAGGCCUCGGGGUCGCGGGGCAUUACAACUUGUUUCGCGGCGAGUAUUUACUUUCCUCGCCAAAGUGUUUCCUAGCUUAAAUCGAUGUAUCGAUUGAAAUGAAAAUGUCACAAAACAAUUUUUCGUGAGGUGUUUUGCUCGGACAAUGCUUUCUCGGAACUAUUUAUUUCUUUUGCAAAUUGUGACACUUCGCUGGGACGAAACUUCAAAGUGGGCGGGGAAUUUUUUGAUAUUUACUAUUUGGGUUCGGCGCUCGUUUUUAAUGCUGAUAAUUCUUGGAACAACUCGGAAAUCGUAUAAUUUUCAUUUGUUUUUUUAUCCCAGUCCCUGUUUUUUACGAUUAAAAUGUUUUAGUUUAUGCUACCGCCCAGCCUUGAUGCAGGCGCGAAUGCCAACGCCGGUCAUCGUCCAACGCCCCCUCGUUCCGACAAUGGGAAUCAGAAUCCCUGCACGGAGUUGUGCGUCGUCUGCGGCGACAAGGCUUCUGGCCGGCACUACGGUACGCGUUGCUGUUUAUUCUUGCCUUAUUUUUGCCUUCUCAACCAGUCUUUUUGUUGUUAUCACGUCAUCGUAAACACCCAUUUUUCAGGUGCCAUUUCUUGCGAGGGCUGCAAGGGAUUUUUCAAGCGAUCGAUCCGAAAACAAAUCGGAUAUCGAUGUAGUGGUGCCAAGAAUUGCCCCAUUACUAAAUAUCAUCGAAAUCGGUGUCAGUUCUGCCGACUGAAGAAAUGUUUGUCCAUGGGAAUGAAAAGUGAAUGUAAGUGAUAUUUGGAGCCCUGAACAACGUGAAUAUUGAGAUAUUACCAUAUUAAUUUUAAUACUACUCUAAGAUGAGUGUAUACUUUCAAAAUUUCUCGAUUUCAUACAUAUUUCUGUUUUCUUUUGUAAACAGUUUUUCUAAUGAGGUCAAGUAAAUUAGCGGACUGUUUUCCGAGCGUACUGUAGUAUAACCGAGGUGGAGGAGUAUCGGUUAUUUUUUAUUUUUUGUUUUUCAGCCGUCCAAGCGGAGCGGCGGCCAAUGAAUAACGGGAAUCAGACCAACAACAAUGCCUUUAAUCCGGCUGAAAACCGAGUCCCAAAUCCACCAACCAUGGCGGCGUCCACGUCGAGUGCGCCAACUGUAAACACCAACUCCUUUAAUGUCUCCAAUGGGCUCUUGGAUAGGACAAAUGUAAGUGCGAGCCUGCUGUAUACAAAGAAAUAGAUGUUGUGGGGGAAUUUAAAUUAAUUUUUGACUACUGGAAAAAAUUUUGAGAUCAAAAAAUCAAAAAAAAAAGUUUUUGAUGACUAUUGUCAUGGAUAAUAUAAUUUCUGGCUUACUGUUUAAAUUUCAGUCGCCAAUCAACUCCAGCACCUACAUGCAAGGUCUGUUGGCCAUGAUGCAGAAUCACAACACUGAAAUCAAGACCGAACGAAAGUAUUCCGAAGGCAACGCCCUCCUCGACGUCUGCGGCUUGAGCCCUCUUCAUCGAGAAUCGACCAGUCCCCAAGAGCAAUUCAAGACCGAACCCAUGGACGAUGAAUCCGCCAUUGAGUCGAAUCUGACGGCCUCGGCGUCCCCGACCUCGUCGGGCGAAGGGUCCUCGGUUUCGGAUGAGCAGAAUCCCAUUGGCCAAUUAAACCGGGCGCCGCUGCUUACGGCCGAACUCACCAAAUUCGAAAUGCCUGAACAUCAUCCAUUUCCUUCCGAAUAUGACGCCAACAAUGUGAGCGAGACCGCGUCACGGUUGUUGUUCCUCAGCGUGCAUUGGAUUAAAAAUGUCAAGGCUUUCAGCUUCAAGUAGGUUUGGUUUUACAGUAGGCUUAUCCUUGAGAUAUUUUUUUGAUAUAUUAGUUACAAAAUGUCUCUGAAAAUUAAUAUUUGCAAGAAAAAAGGCGGGAUUUUUACCUUGAGACACCUCUAAAAUAAUAUAGUCAUCAUUUUUUCAGACCGUCGUAUCUCGAGAACACAAUGAAAGCCAAGUGGUUUGAUGUUUUCCUGCUGGGCCUAGUCCAACAAUCCACCAAAUUUGACCUCCAGCGGAUGCUCACCGCCAUUUCUGUGAACAUAAUGACGAAAUUGAAUCGAGAUGGUAAGCAAUAUCCAAAAUUUCUUCCAUUAUUCAAAAAUGUCGUUGAAAUUCGUUUUUUCAGGGCUCUCCGAAAAGUCGGCCUCGUGUAUAAAACAGAUCCAGUACAUCACGACGCUGGCUCAACGCAUCAACUCGUUGAAGUUGUCGGACGUUGAGUUUGCGUACAUGAAGACGAUCGCCUUCACGGCCAACGAUUUGCCGCCCAUCGAUUCGUACGAGGGAAGUCAUUUCGGGAAGCAGUUGAACGCCCAAGCUUGCCAAGAACUCUUCGACCAUCUGCUGGGUCAGUUGGCGGUUCAUGAUGACAGUCAGUCGGACAAUGGGUCCUCUGCCGCCACCACCACCACGAUGCAUUCGAAUCUGAGUCAGCUGCUGGGCAACAGUGUGAACACGUUGGUGCCCGUUCUGCACGCCAGCUUGGAGCGGCAUUCCCAGCUGAUGCAGAUCCUGCCCUGGCUUCGAUGGCUGGACCCCCAGCUUUUGGUGGACGUUUUCUUCAGCGGAGUCAUUGGGAACAUGCCGUUCGAUGCGGUGAUGCCGGUGUUGUUGAACAUGGACGUGAUGAAUGUGUUCAACAAUACGUUUUAUCAAGCGCUGAAGGAUGAGGAUGCGAUCAAGCAGGAGGAAAAUGGGCAUUAG